CGCGUGCAAAAAUAUCCACUCUCCGGUGCACACAUGCGUGUGAAAAUGAUCAAGUUAUAAUUCGGGUUGCCAACUUGCCACGAUCUAACUUUCCCCGAGAGGAGGGUUGGUACACCACUGCUGCACCACCGCCACCUAGCUGCAGAGACGCGCCUCCGGAGAGACCUCUCCGCCGCUGUGUGAUUAUGAAAACACCCGCGCGAAUGUUGUGGCACAGUAGACACUGAGACGAGAGCUGAUGAGAUUGAAAGUCGCUAAGGAGGCGUAGCGGUCAUAGUUAUAUAAUCAAAGCAACACCUAUUGCACCACGAUCGUUGAAUUAUCGGUGGUAGGGCGCAGCGGGGAACCAGCAGCGCGCCGAGCCCCGGACUGAACGCGGUUAGUUGUGGGACGCGCUCUCGGCCUAACCACCUCAGCCGUAUUUUGAGUCUUAAGUGCUGCAUUGAAGCCGUUACACUGGGAACCCCACCGCACCCGGCCCCUCCCCCCUGACUUCUCUGAUGGACCAGAGAGCGAAGGGGGGGACCCCUCCGACGGCCAGCACCACCAAACCCUCCACACCCCCCGCGCCCGCGGCCCUCCAGCGAGGAGCCCCGGAGGGACCGGGCAAGGGACAAGAAGAGGAGCAGAGACAAGGAGGUGGUGGAGAAUGGGGAGGAGGAGGGUAAAGAGUUGGAGGAUGAGAGGCGAGGAGCUGGGAGAGGUGGUCCGGGAGGGGACAAGGGGACGGUGCUGGAGCUGCUGAUCGAGGGCCGCUGCGGAGACGCAGGCCCGCGGCCCCUCCUCUACCCGGGCCCCGCCGACGGCCCAGAGGGAAACGUGCGGUUGCGCAUCGGACUCCAAGCCAAGAGGACCAAGAAGCCCCCCAAGAUGCUGGAAAGCUACGUCUGCAAGCCCACCUUCAGGACCUACCAGAGGCAGGGCCGGGCCGAGGCGGCGCGGGCCGGGGGCGGGGAGGGAGAGGUGGGUCAGCAGGGCGUCACGAGCCCCGCGCUGGGGGAGGCCGCCAGGGAGCAGGGCUCCGCGCUGGACGCUGUCCAGCCCCACACCAAACAAACUGCAUCAGCUGCACCCUCUCCACCUUCAUCAUCCUCGCGGUCGCAGCGACCACCAUUAUCGGCCACUGCUCCGCCUGUCUCGGCUCCUGCCAGCCCGGGGGCCCGCACCGACCGUGAGGUUUCUAUCAAACCAUCCGCGAAGACAGAGGCAAAUGCGAACAGCUCCCCUGGAAAGCCACUGAGAGAUAAGCCUCCCAGUAUCAGUGCUCAGUCUGGAGGCACUGCAGGACACAAAAUGUGCUCUUUGAAAACAGACCAGUCGAUUUCCCCCACCACCCACUCCCUCACCGCCCUGUCCACCCCGGCCACCUCCGCAGGGGAACCCAGAAACGAGGGAGAGACCCACAGCAAGCAUGACGGUUUGGAGAGGCUGAAGAGAGUGGCCAAUGGGAAAGGCAAGCUGGAAGGUUGCGUUAAUGCCCGGACCUCAAAGGUCAAAUUUGGAAGCAUCAGCAGAUUGUCAACUUCUACCAAUGAUACAGAGCCCGCAGCGAGACCGCCGGCCGUCUCCAGCAGCUCACACAAAGAGCCCUGCCGCUUCCAGAAGAACAGGGCGGAUGCUGUCUGCCCGCCUUCGGUCGACCCUAAACCACGGUCCACCGCCUCCCCACCCACACAGCUCUUCUCUUGCAGCUCCGACGCAACCCAGGGGCCUCCUCUUCUAGAUAAGAGGAAGGAGAAGAAAGCCAGGAGAGGGAACAGGAAGGAGAAGAAAAAGAGAGACAGAGGUCAGGCAGAUGGAGGCAAGAGUGAAGGAGGGAGGUGGGAGGAGGGCAAGAAGAAGAAAAGGCAGAAGGUGAAGGACAGGAAGUCGAGACACGGGAAGGGGAAGGAGGAACAGGGAAGGAACCAAGGUACAAAGAGAGAGGGAGCAGAAAACACAGAAAGAGGGAAGAUUGAGCGAAAGAGGGAUAAACUUAGCCCGGAAAGCCAUAGGGGAAAAGACAAGAGAGAUGAGCCAUGUGAAAUAGAUGAUGUUGCUAAGCAAGAUAGGGCCCGUACAUUAGCCAUCCCAGGUGAGAGGGAGAAGGUAGAGGAAACGACCAACAAGACAGUGAGAGAAGCAGAGUCAGCUGCUGUGGAUGACAACACUAAAUCUAAAGAACAGUACGUCCCCUUGAGACAUCAUACUGUAUCUCCUAGCCACCACUCUCCUCCUCUCGCUCCUCCUCUCUCUCAUUCUCCUCCUGCUGCCUGCUCACUUACGUCAGCCUCCGCCGCUCCCCAGGAGCAGGACAGCCGGCCGCUGAAGAAGCGUAAAGCCAGGCGCCCCAGUUGGACCAAGCUAGUGCACAGGGUUCAGAGAGCAGAGAACCAGGAACCCCCCGUGGAUUCCUCCAACAACCCCUAUUUAAGCUUGCCAGAGAAGAUCAAGAGCUGCCCGUCUACAAUGUCCCCAGACCGAGCUACGGAUCUGGCCCACCUGACCUCCUCCUCCUCCUCUCCGUCUCCCUUCCAACAUCAUCUCCUCAGCGCGCGACAUGCAGACCUUCCUCGCCUGCACAUAGUGGGAGUCAGCUCCACUCUCGGGUUAUGCCAUGACCCCGCGCGGAAGAGAGGCCGGCCCAGGUCUCACACUGAGCUCACGCCGAGAUCCUCCCCAAAAGCAGCUACCGAAGACGCUCCUCGUCCGGGCUGUGAAGGAGCACCCAAAGCCCCUUCGCCGGUAACCUUCCCCUCUCACCGAGGUGUGGCCCCGCCUCACGCCACGCCCAGGAAGAGAGGGCGCCCUCCGAAGCGACCCCUGCCCGAAGACCCCUACGGAGAGCUACCCGGCUCCUCAGAGGGCAAGGGGAGGUACAAGGCCUUCACCGCCGAGCGAGGCAUCAGACAGCUGAAGAUACGCAAGCUCAUCAGUGAGAUAAAGAAGAAGAGGAAAAGGCUCUACCCAGGGAUGCGCUCCGAGUACGGGCGGAGGCGAGGGGCGAGGGGGGAGGUGGAGUGCGAGGGUGUUGCGGUGGCGUGUCGGCCACAGGAAGCCAUGGGGAACACGCUCUCAGCCCUAUCCCCUCUGGGGGAGAAGUGGGGCGCCCAGAUCAAUGUCAGUAAGAGGGGGACCAUCUACAUGGGCAAGAGGAGAGGACGCAAGCCUAAAGCUCCAGCAGGGACCCUCCCCUCACCCUUUAAUGCCCAGAGGUCCCCCCAGCCGCCUCUGUUCACCGGCCUCUCGGAGAGCUCUCUCUUCACCUCCCACCAGCUCCAGCCCCCGGCCACGCACCCCUUCCUCCCCUCCCUCACCCACUCCAGCGGGGCGCAGAGCCCCUACAGCGAGGGCAGCUUCACGGACCCCGCGUCCUCCUCCCUGGUGUUCCCACACCCCUUCUCCCUCCCCUCCCCUGCCUCCUCCUGCACCUCCCCGCACCCCCCUCCUCCCACCUCCUCCCUCUCCCCCUUUGUGAAGAGGAGCUGUCCUUGUCAGGGGAGGCUGCACUUCCCCUUCCACCAGUCGUCCUGUAAGCUCUCGGCGCUCCCCCCAACCCUGCACCACUCACCCGCCUCCCCCGCUCACCUGAAGGAGGCCAUUCCCUCCCCCAGGAGUGAGUCGCACAGCGAGGAGACGCUGCCUAGCGACAGCGGCAUCGGCACGGACAACAACAGUGUGUCUGAGCGGGGAGGGGAGAUGAGGGGGGGCCGCGGCGUGUUCCGGACGGGCCUGAUCCUGGGGGCACAGAGGUACCCCUCCGCCUUAGCCAAACACCCAUCUCCGGUCGCUCCUCACCUGGUUUCCAUCCACAGACACACCCAUCCCAUGGCCAGCCCCGGGGCCGCGGAGAGGCAGAGAGAGCGGCAUCGACACAGGAGGAGGGACUUUGACUGCGUGUCCCCCUGCAGCUGCAUGUGUUCCUGCCCCUGCCAGGGCGCCAACAAGUGCUCUCAUGUGGACAGCUACCCUUGCCUCGGUCACAACGCCGUCAAGAAACAGAAGAGUAAACACAAGAAGAAGCACCUUCAGCUGCACAUGCACAACCCCGAGUUCCUGGCCGAGCUGGAGGAUGUGAUUGGCCAGUUGGGGGAGGUCCACAUCGGACGGCGCGGCUGGGUGCGGGCGGGGCUGGGGCCGGGCGCGGAGGGAGGCGUGAAGGUCGAUGGAGGCAGGCGCCAUCACCCCUCGUCCUCGCACCCCCUGCGCUCCAACAUCUUCCGGAUCAAUCUGAACGGCUUCUACUCCCCCCACCCAUCUGCUUAUUCGGCAAAUCCCCCGUACAGCCCCCAGCCCUUCUACCCGUGCCAGCCCCUGCACUGUGGCCGGAAGCCAGACCGCAGACAGUGCGGCUGCCCUUCAAAGUUCCAAGAGCCCAUCGACGACAUGGGGUUCUACAGGGGAUACCCCCCCACCGUGCCCAUCUAUCCCCACCUCCACAGCUCCUACCCUCUGCCCCCGCCCCACCAGUAUGUCUCCACCAGCCCCACCACCCACACUUCCUCCUCAACCCCGCCCGCUUCCACCGGAGAAUGGGCCGGGCGCUGAGGGACGGGGGGCUGGGGGUGGAGGGCGAGGGGGACCCGGGGAGGCUUGGCGGUGGCGGAGGGGGAGGGCUGCGCGCCGGCGCAGGGUUCACCUCCGCCCUCGGCUGUGGCUGUUCCAGGUCUGAACGCAAACACAAACGUAAACACC